UUUUGUUGUUAUGUCCCUCCAAAACUCUUCGCCAGCUCAAGAGCCACCACCACCCAACCAACACUUAACACAGCCACAGAGCCUCGUCUCAUUUCAUUUUCGAAGCAACGCGGAAACUGCGAGAGACUCUCAGAGAGAGCAAACUAGAAAGCCCUGUCUCAAACACAGAGCUCAAGUUUUGCUUUUUAUUUUUGCCCUUCUGGAAUCCCAACCUCUCUUUUCAUUGUUUCUAAUGGAUUGGUCUUCCUCUUCUCUCGCUGUUGACGAUGAGUUUGAGAAGCUCGCGAUGAGAAUUAACCCUCCAAGGGUUACCGUUGAUAAUACCUCAAGCAGGAAAGCCACUUUGAUAAAGGUAGAUAGUGCAAAUAAGCGUGGGAGUUUGCUGGAGUUGGUUCAGGUUCUGAAUGAUUUAAAUCUCAUUAUAAGACGAGCUUACAUUUCGUCAGAUGGGGAAUGGUUCAUGGAUGUAUUUCAUGUCACUGAUCAACAGGGGAAUAAGCUCUCUGAUGAUGGAAUAGCUGAACGCAUUCAACAGUCACUAGGACCAAGAGCACGGAGCUUCCGUUCCUUGAGAAGGUCUGUGGGUGUCCAAGCUGCCGCAGAACACACCACUAUUGAAUUGACAGGAAGGGACAGGCCAGGCUUGCUGUCUGAAAUUUUUGCUGUUCUUUCUGAUCUCAAAUGCAAUGUGGUCACCGCAGAAGUCUGGACUCACAAUUCAAGAAUGGCAUCAGUUGUUUUCAUCACCGACGAGGCAACUGGGAGGCCUAUUGAUGAUCCUGACCAUCUUUCCAAAAUAAAAAAACUUCUCCUUUAUGUGCUUAAGGGGGACAGAGAUAAGCGCAGUGCCAACACUGCUGUUUCUGUGGAUUCCACACAUAAGGAAAGGAGGCUUCACCAGAUGAUGUAUGCUGAUCGUGAUUAUGAUAUGGAUGGUGCUGAUUGUGGAUCAGCCAGUGAUCGAAGCAAACCUCUUGUAACUGUUGAAAAUUGUGUAGAUAAAGGAUAUACUGUUGUGAACUUAAGGUGCCCAGACCGUCCUAAGCUGCUCUUUGAUACUGUAUGCACCUUAACAGAUAUGCAAUAUGUGGUAUACCAUGCAACUGUGAUUGCUGAAGGACCUGAGGCUUAUCAGGAAUAUUAUAUCAGACACACGGAUGGCUGUCCUAUUAGUUCUGAAGGAGAAAGGCUGAGGGUUAUCCAUUGCUUGGAAGCGGCGAUUAGAAGGCGGACGUCUGAGGGUAUAAGACUAGAGCUUUGUGGUGAAGAUAGAGUUGGCCUUCUUUCUGAUGUGACUCGCAUAUUUAGAGAAAAUGGUCUUUCAGUCACCCGAGCUGAGGUUACAACCAGGGGUUCCCAAGCCGUGAAUGUUUUCUAUGUGAUAGAUGCAUCAGGAAAUCAAGUGAAGAGUGAGACAAUUGAAGCAGUUCGGCAAGAGAUUGGUUCAACAAUACUGCGUGUGAAAGAAGACUUCAAUUCAAAAUCUCCACCACAGGAGAGUGUGAGAUUCUCUUUGGGGAAUCUCUUUCGGACUAGAUCGGAGAAGUUCCUUUACAACCUGGGUUUGAUAAAGUCAUGUUCAUGAGUGUCUCAUUAGGUGAACUAGGUGCUGUCUGUCACUCUGUCUAAUGCCUGUCUAUAUUAGGAUGCCUUUUGGUUAGCUGUAAAUUGUGCUCUGAAACUGCAAUGCAAAGCUUCAGGUCAAUCCCUUUGUUGAUCUUGAAUCCGGCCUGGGACUUGUAAAUCA